AUGUCUGGACACACCUGCAACGUCUCCGAGUGGGCUCCCGCCCAGGAGGCCAUCUACGACGAGCGCCCGUCCACAUCUGCCAUACAGGAGGACGACUUGGACGGACACGUCAACGCCAGACCUGCCUUCCAGCAACACCGCCUCCGCAGCAUGAGCCUCUCGCUCCCGUGGCGGCGCAAGUCCUCCAUGCUUCACCUCGACUCCGAUCUGCCGAGCCAUUUGGAAGAACUCUCCCUCGAGCGGUCUCGGAGCCAUGCCGGUCCCAGCGGCGAAGAUGAUUUCAAGCACACCCACGAUACACACCCGGCAGCACAUGGCAAUGGCAGUAUCAAGGGCAUGUUCCGUCGCGCGUCCAUCUCGCUAAAGGGUAUGGUCCAUCAUCACAAACGACACUCCAUCGGCGGUGCCCAUGGUCUCGGCCUCGGCCUCAGCCUCGACGAGACCCAUCACCACACUCUCCGCCCUGGGACUUCCCACGCCCACGCCCACUCGCCUUGGCACCGGCUCCGCCAGGCCACGAGUUUCCGCCAAUCCAAAUCUUCCCACGGCCACGAGACACAAAGCGACGCCUCCGCUUCCGAUCAGUGCUUCCCUUGCCUGCCGCUCCCUGGAAACGGCAGCGAGCCUCCUGUCAUUCCCUUCCACACUGGUGGCGCUGCCAAGGCGGCGGCGGCGGCGCAGAACCAGGCCCUUCACAACAAGUGGCUGAGUGCUUCGUCGGACGACUUCACAGACCACGAAAGCGGCAUCGGCAUCACGGUCACAGGCGGCGACUCGGAUGUGGACUUGGAGCUGGAGGACUCGAACAUCAGCCGGAUCGAUUUCAUUGCGCAGCUCCCUGUCGAGCUGGCGAUCCAGGUCCUCGCCCAUCUGGACGCAACGGCCCUUGGCACCGCCAGCAGAGUAUCCCGCGAGUGGCAGCUGAUGAUCAAGAACCAGCACGUCUGGCGAGAGUCUUUCCUGCGCGAAAGGACGGCUACGUACGCGACCAGUCUCCCGGUCCAGCCGGGGACUGGUCAGGGUGUGCCGGCCAUCAACCCUGGCGUCAACUGGAAGCAGAUUUACAAGGCCAAGGACGAGCUCGACCAGCGAUGGAAAGAGGGCAAGGCGAGACCUGUAUACCUAAACGGCCAUCUGGACAGCAUUUACUGCCUGCAAUUUGACGAGACCAAGAUCAUCACCGGCUCCCGCGACAAGACGAUCCGAGUCUGGGACAUGCGGACCUUUGAAUGCCGUCUGGUCAUCGGGCCUCCCGAAGUCGUCAACGACGUGUCCCUCCUGCUCGACGACGAUGGCAACCCGGUUCACUAUGCCACCCUUCCCGACAAUCAGCGGUCGAACCCGUCCAUGCCCGCAAUGGUCUCCUUCCCGACGCACCACAAGGCCUCGAUUCUCUGCCUGCAAUACGACGACCGCAUGCUCGUGACGGGCUCGUCCGAUUCUAGCUGCAUUGUGUACAACGUCCGCUCUGGCUACAGACCGGUCCGCCGUCUUCAGCACCACACCGCCGCUGUGCUGGACCUUGCCUUUGACGACAAGCACAUCAUCACCUGCAGCAAGGACAUUAGCAUCUGCGUCUGGGACCGCGCGACAGGCACCCUGCUCCGUCAAUUGCGCGGGCAUUCGGGUCCCGUCAACGCCGUCCAGAUGCGUGGCAACACCAUAGUAUCGUGCUCCGGCGACUUUCGUGUCAAGCUCUGGAACAUCGACACGGGCAAGAACAUCAGGGAGUUCCAGGGCCACACCAAAGGUCUGGCGUGCUCGCAGUUUUCAGAAGACGGCCGUUACGUCGCCUCGGCCGGCAAUGACAAGGUCAUCCGCAUCUGGGACGCCAACACAGGCGAGUGUCUCCGCGAGAUGAAGGCUCACGAUAACCUUGUGCGCAGUCUGCACAUCGACUCCGUCAGCGGUCGCCUUGUCAGCGGCAGCUACGACACGGAUAUCAAGGUCUUCGACAUGGAGACUGGCCGGCAGCUGCUCGACUUCCCGCGAUGGCACGCCAGCUGGGUGCUGAGCGCCAAGAGCGACUACCGACGAAUCGUCAGCACGGGUCAAGAUCCCAAGAUUUUGAUCAUGGACUUUGGCGCCGACGUCCCGGGCAUCGAGGCCCUGGAGAGCGGCGGCGCCUGCGCGAUUGACGGCGGAUACAUCUAG